AUGGAAGAGCCGGUCUCGACCCCCAGGCUACCACCUCCAAGUUUCACAGCUAGUUCUGCAUUCACGAAGGAGCAGCUUCUCUCUUCCUCGCCAGGAUUUGGGACGCCUGCGUAUCCAAUUGUCAACCGACCCCCCGGGAUCAAGCAGCCGUUUGCAGCAAAACCAAAUAAGGCGCCAGAUAAUGUGCCUACCGUCUUACCCAUCUUGCUCCCGCCUCAAACACUCCGCCCCGUCGCGUUCAGAACCCUGACAAAGAAGCACAACUUGACCUUAACAUCGUCCGGUUUGGGUGUCCUUUCUACGUUUGUGGGCAAGUUCUGCGGCAGCGGCUGGCGAGAAGAGGGCCUGGCAGAGCGCGUUCUCGAUGAGGUAGCAAAGUUAUGGAAGAGGAAUGGAGGCGGUCUCAUUGUUGAGGACGGACCGGACAAAAAGCUGUCUAAUAUCUUCAAGAUACUGGAACCAUAUAUGUGCGGUGGGCGGCUCGAUAUGGCUAAGUUGUCACGCAGCAACAGCGGUAUGAGCAGUCCGAACCUAUCCAGAACAGUCUCAUUCAGCGACCGGCCUGGCUUAAACAGAGAUGACAGCCUGGCCAGUUUAGGUGUUUCGGACUUGCACAUCGAAGGGAAGGGUGACCAGGACGAGGAAGAAGACCACGAAACACAACUCGAUCCACGCUCCUAUCUGAAAGUCGUUUCUUCCUUUGAUCAACCUCGUUUGGUAUACUCGACUUCGAAAAAGUGUUUCGAGCCGGUGGCCGGCCCACCGAGUCUCCUCCCGGCUAUACAGCACAAGGUAUCAAUGUUCCGAAAUAGGUAUCAUCUCGUCCACCAGCGAUUGAUGAGGAAUGAGUCUUUCCAAGCACCCACAUUCUCGACAAUUGCUCGACCGCCGAGCCUCAUGCAUUCUGGUAGCAGUGUGGCAACUCUACAACAAGCCUACAAGAUCACUCCUAUUUCCAACUUGCUGGGUCGAUCAGGAACACCGCAUCUUCUCCUCGGCAUGCUCGUCCAUUCAGCAGCGGGUGACCUCGCCCUGUCAGACCUGUCCGGGAGCGUUGUUCUCGACCUGUCAGUUGCGCGACCUGUUCCAGAAGACGGGGCAUGGUUCUGUCCAGGGAUGAUCGUGCUUGUUGAGGGGACGUAUGAAGAGGACGGCUCGCACAAUUCAAACCUAGGCUCGGCCUCGGGAGUAGGUGGCCAGAUCAAAGGCCAUUUCAAUGUUGACACGAUGGCUGGGCCCCCAGCCGAACGACGAGCGACGACCAUCGGCACAUCCAACGGACCGGAAUCGGACAACAACAGCCACACAAGUGUGGGCGCGGGGUUCGGCUGGAUUGACUUCUUAGGAGUAGGAAGUGAAAAGGGCAUCGGAUCGCAAAUGAGAAGGAUCCAGAACCGGAUUUUUGGUGCGCCACCAACCUCUCUGUACGACAUCAGCGAUACGAGCGGAAGCAUCGACGAAGAAGUCCAACCAUUACGAACCAAGAUCGCCAUUCUGGGCGAAUGCACCCUAGACAGUCCCCGCACACUCGAAGCUAUCCGAGCCAUCCUGAGCUCGUACAGCGCGUCCAGCAGCGAGAUCGUAGAUUUACCCCUCUCCAUUGUGAUGAUGGGCAAUUUCGCCUCUGCGGCCUGCAUGGCUGGGUCCACGAAGGGAGGGGGAAGUGUCGAGUACAAGGAGAACUUUGACGCGUUAGCGUCUGUGCUAUCCGAGUUUCCCUCCCUCCUGUCAAGCACCACGCUCGUUUUCGUUCCAGGCGACAAUGACCCGUGGGCAAGUGCCUUCUCUGCGGGCGCUGCGGGGGUCCUCCCGCGCCCUGGGGUGCCCGAGAUAUUCACGUCGAGGAUACGAAGAGCCAUUGCAAAUGCCAACCUUGAAAAGGGCAGGAAGGACAAGAACUCGCCUGCAGGAGAGGCCGUUUGGGCGACCAACCCUGCACGAAUGAGCUUGUUUGGUCCAUUGGAAGACAUCGUCCUGUUCAGAGACGACAUCACGAGCCGCUUCCGGAGAAACGCCAUCACAUUCUCCAAGCUCGACGGCGAUGACGAUGAAGAUAUGGUCGAAGACGGAUCCAACAACGCUGGCAUUGGUUCGGAGCAGCCAGCACCCGCAAUAGACACGGAAGACGAGCGUCUUGACGUGGCUUCGGACAUGGACAUGGACAAGGACGGUCUCGACAGAAGAGUGCACGAAGCAACCUCACACCUCCCUUCGGCCGUCAGCGUGCCCACCACUGCCACCAGCAAACCCAACGGCUACACCCUCCACGCCGCUCGCAAACUCAUCAAAACCGUCCUCGACCAGUCUCACCUCGCGCCCUUCGCGCACUCCAUCCGCCCUGUGUUCUGGGACCACGCGUCUUCACUCUCAUUGUACCCCUUGCCCACAGCACUGGUGCUCGCCGACUCGGAAACCCCGACUUUCGCAAUCACGUAUGAAGGCUGCCUUGUCAUGAAUCCGGGGAGAGUCGUGGACGAGAUGGCCAUGAGCAGAGCCGCUGCGAGGGGCGCCGGCGUGGGCAGGUGGAUCGAGUACGAUGUGAAAACCAGAAAGGGCGAGAGUAGAGAGGUGAGGUUCUGA